AUGUCAUUACCAAACAUAGAUGAACUAAAUAUCAAACGUGAUGACGAUUUGUUCGAUAUAACCAAAGAUGUAUUCGCUUCAGCACAUCAAUUGAAAGAAAACAAGGUGGUCAAAUCACCCUUAUUUGAGUUACUUGACGGGACAAGAGCAUUAGAGGUGCUAAAUUCAAGACACGAUACCGGAUUGAUUGAACUAAAAGAUGAUGAGAUAUUCUUUGAUUGUUCAAUGCCACAAACUGCAACGUCAAUCGUCAACAUACAAAGUAAAUUACUAGCACAGCUAGUAAAUUGGCUAGAGGGCCACAGUCUUUCCGAAACUGUUCUUAGUUGUCGAUAUGUGCAAACGAUGUUGGAGAAUUACUUCCAAGAUCCAGACCUGAUUAGCCACAAGUGUGCAUUCAGCCAACCCAAAUUGGAACCACAAACUUACACUAAAGACACCGAUUACUGGUUGGUCCAUCGUGUUUUGAAAGCAUUUGUCAAGGGCUUAUGCAAGUUUAUUGGCUUCGUAAUCAACUUGGCGAAAACGUUCCUUUAUGAGGAGGAAGAUUUGAUAACAAGAAGUCAUGACUUGAACUAUUUUUCAGAGGUUGCACCACAAGUUAUUAUUGAUGAGAUUAACGACACAUACGAAUGGAUUCUAAGCCAUGAAAUUGAUCAUUCGGAUACAAUAAUCAGUCACAUGAAGUUGGUACAGUAUUUGAAUCAAUUGGAGGUGGAAACUGCAUCCCAGAAGAUACCAUUUAUGGGAAACAAUGUCCCUACUGAGCUGCUAUUUUCAUUUUGUGAUGAGGCAAUCAACGAAAUUAAUCAUAUCAAACAAUUCAAAAUGUAUGAGUCGAGUAUACCAAAGGGAGCAUUCUCCAAAUUCAUUCAAGUUGAAUUGGGCAAUACGAACGUGCCGGUUGAGUUAGCUUCAGUUUCCGAUACCAACUACUGUGAACACUUACUGGGAAUAUUUACCGUUGUCAAAAUGUACGUCAACCAAGCGGCUACUAUCAAAUCAAUGAAUCAAUUGAACGACUAUCUACAGUUCAAUAUCAAGUAUCCUAUUGGCAAAUUUUCAGUUUUUGCUAGGGGAUUGUUUCAACUUUUUUUUAUUCGUGACGAUAAAUCAAUUUUUGGGUCCUCCAUUGACUUGCCACAGUUGACAAUCAGAAUAAUUGAGAAUUUGGUUGGACCAAACACUACGUUGUUGAAGCCACUUGAGCAUCAAUUAUCUCAAGUCAAAGGUUCCACCACAACAGAGAUUUUGACCAAAUAUGAUUCCCUUGUGCAAGAUUUGGAUAGUGCUAUGUACAACAAUAAUUGCAUUUAUGGAGCCAACCAGUGUCGAGUGCAACAGCUCAUUUCUAAAAGUUUGGUGCUAUGGGACACUUUACAAGUAGAAUGGGAAGGAUUUGAAGUCCAAAUGUUUCAAGAGUUUCAAGUAGGAGACCAGAUCAAUGAUAAUGAACCAGCAAUCGCAAUCACUUCAUUCAUAUAUUAUCAAAAAAUUGAGUUAAUGAUUGAGUUGUUGCUUGGAGGGGCCAGUUUGGAGCUUUAUAAACCGUUUGAGUUGUAUUUAAUUUAUUGGUAUGGAGAUAUUUUGCUUGAAAAUUUGAUACAGCAUUUGAAAAUGAGAAUCAGGAGGAUUCUCUUGGGCAAAAUGGAUGCCAUAGAAGAGAAAUUACCCAAAAAGAUCAAGAAAUUAAAGAAUGGACCAAAGAAAGAUUCUUUGAAGGAACAGUUGAAAUAUGGACAAGAGGUCAUUAUACCACAAAUUCUUUCCACCAUCCGCCAUCAAGAUUAUCUUGUGGAAUCAUUUGAAAAUUUACAACGAUUGAUAAAUUGUUUCAAAGGCUAUUUUGGCAUUCUUUCCAAAUUGAAAUUACUCGAUUUCAACAAGGGUCCUGCAAAUAGAUUGACAACUAUGGAGCACUUGUACUAUUUAAGAAUGAAGCCAUGGUCUUCAAUUGGAGUACCGCAGUUUCCAACAUACAACAUUUACCGUAAAGCACUUACAACAACGCAACCUGAAGGUGAUAAUCGUGCCAAUUUGAUAAAGUGUCUUAGUUCAUUGGCUAAAUUCAAGAGUGAUUUGAUGACGGUGGAAAAGCAAAUACAGAAGCAGCUAGACUAUGUCACUCGUCAACAGAACGAUUUCAUCAAAAAUUCAUUGAUCCAACAGUGGUACACUCAAUUAGCUGAAACAUCACGAGAUUUGGGUGUUGCAAUUAGUGACGUGGGUAAGAUUGUAUCUACCAAUAAGGACGAUUUAUCCAAUAUUCCCAAACAAUAUCGCAUUCUGAUGGUUCCUGCUAAACACAAAUACUUUAUCUUAGUCGAAUUGAAAGCCAAUGAAUAA